AUGGUGGAAAGACGAGCACACUCCUUUCACAUGACGUGCCAUGUGCAACGUGACUAUGGCAGCAGGCUGGGGGGCUCUAUCAUAAGAUGCAGCCCCAAUGGAUAUGCCAGUUCGAGUCUCAGCCUCAGCCUGGACCAGGAGGUGGAUGCAAACCCUGCAACCUCCACCACCACUACAAUUGCUGCCCCACAGGCUCCUGAUUCUGACAGAAGCCACUACUCUCCUGUUUCACUGGAACUGGACCCCACAGCAGUGAAUAAUGGAUCAGGCAGCCCCUGCUGUCCACCAGCAGACACAAAGGACCCAGCAUUGCAGAUGAUACACAGCCAGCCCUCUAUCACCUCUGUCCCUCCAACUCUUCCUCGUUCGAGCUGGCUGCAUCAUCAAAAAGAAUUCCGCCGGCCUUACAUCAAGACUAGCAUGCAGGGGGAUGUUUACAACUUCCUAGAGAGACCUGCUGGACUGAAAUGCUUCCUCUACCAUUUCCUUGUCUUUCUCAUGGUCCUGGUGUGUCUAAUCUUCAGUGUCCUGUCCACAAUAGAGCAGUAUGCAGAAUUUGCCACUGGAACACUCUUCUGGAUGGAGAUUGUGCUGGUGCUGUUCUUUGGCACAGAGUAUGCGGUCCGGCUGUGGUCGGCAGGCUGCCGCAGCAAAUAUGCAGGCAUCAAAGGACGUCUCCGCUUUAUCAGGAAGCCCAUAUCAAUCAUAGAUUUGAUAGUGGUUAUUGCCUCAAUCAUUGUGCUCGGUGUAGGCUCCAAUGGCCAAGUGUUUGCCACGUCUGCCAUCAGGGGCAUUCGUUUUCUACAAAUCCUGCGUAUGCUGCAUGUGGAUCGACAGGGAGGAACGUGGAGGCUCCUGGGAUCUGUAGUCUUCAUUCAUCGACAGGAGCUGAUCACCACCCUGUACAUCGGCUUCCUGGGCCUGAUCUUUUCCUCCUACUUUGUCUACUUGGCGGAGAAGGAUGCUGUGGAUGAGGAGGGCAAGACAGGUUUCUCCAGCUAUGCUGAUGCCCUGUGGUGGGGCGUGGUGACUGUCACCACGAUUGGCUAUGGAGACAAGAUUCCUCAAACGUGGAUAGGAAAGGCCAUUGCCUCCUGCUUCAGCGUCUUCGCCAUCUCCUUCUUCGCUCUGCCUGCUGGUAUCUUGGGAUCAGGGUUUGCCCUGAAGGUCCAACAGAAGCAGAGACAGAAACACUUCAACAGACAAAUCCCUGCUGCAGCCUCUCUCAUCCAGACACUUUGGAGGUGUUAUGCAGCAGAGAAACCAAACGGCUGUGCUGCUACAUGGAAAAUGUAUGUCCUGACUCCUGCGCCUGUCGCUACAAUGGACUCUUACAACGCCAGUCCUUAUUCCAGGAAGUUGAACAUAUCGAAAAAGGGAACCAAGAGGAGACUGAAGUCCGGCGGUAAUGGUGCUAUGAGCGUUGCCUCAGAGAGAGCUGUAUCGAUACCUCAGAUCACCUAUGAUCACAUUGAUGACUCUGGAGAGAAGAAAGAUCACUCUUUCUUCCAUGAAGAGCCAAGGGGGACUGUUGAAGGAAUCACCAGGAUGUUGAGACAAACAGGCCCUCCUCAUCAUUCUUGGUCAUCUUUUGCUCUGAGCUGCCCAGCAUCUCCAGUUAAAAGGAAUCAUGACAACAGCCUGUCCAUCGACAUCUCCCGGGCCAACAGCAUAACCGAUGAACUGGACUACAUGAGUGAGGACAUUCCCCUUCCUGUGGUGACUGACAAGACGCAUCUUUUGACCUGCCCGUUCGUGGCAUUGGUCCAGGACUCUUUCUCCACACAGCACUUGAAUUCCACAAGGUUGUCCCAUGCCCAGAGAUCAGCUGUAAAAGUCCUCCGCAGAAUGCAGUACUUUGUGGCCAGGAAGAAAUUUCAGCAAGCGCGGAAGCCCUAUGACGUGCGAGACGUGAUCGAGCAAUAUUCCCAGGGCCACCUCAACAUGAUGGUGCGCAUCAAGGAGCUGCAGAGAAGGCUGGACGGUACACUGGGUAAGCCAGGAAUGUUUCUCCCAGGAAAAGGGGAAGAUAAAGAAUACCCAACUAUUGGGGCGCGACUGAUUAGGCUGGAAGAUAAGGUCCAUCAGAUGGACAAGAAAAUGGACUCAGUCCUGAAGAUCCUGAGAGAUCAGUUCCUGCCCAAGCCGGAGCUGACGUCAAAGCCCUCCAUCCGCAGGGUGACCAUCCAGAAACGCAUGGAGACCAGCUUGGACGAGGGGCCCUGA